UCCUGAAGGUGAAGAGUAAUAUUCUAAUAUAACUAUAUUAAAGAAGAUAAUAAGCUAUACUGAAGUACUUUAGAGAGGCAGCUGAAGACUUGGUUAAACAUCCUACAGGUGAAGAGUAAUAUUCUAAUAUAACUAUAUUAAAGAAGAUAAUAAGCUAUACUGAAGUACUUAGAGGGCAGCUGAAGACUUGGUUAAACAUCCUACAGGUGAAGAGUAAUAUUCUAAUAUAACUAUAUUAAAGAAGAUAAUAAGCUAUACUGAAGUACUUUAGAGAGGCAGCUGAAGACUUGGUUAAACAUCCUACAGGUGAAGAGUAAUAUUCUAAUAUAACUAUAUUAAAGAAGAUAAUAAGCUAUACUGAAGUACUUUAGCAGAGGCAGCUGAAGACUUGGUAAAACUUCGUGAGGUUGUAGAAGCCAACUUCGAGGGACAGUACCGCAUUUUCACAUCUUUAAAAUGGAUGGGAAAAAGGUUACCUUCGUCUCCUUUGAGGAGCUGACAGACUUAGUGAUGAUGAGCCCAGAGUGUACAUUCCUUGGCAGCGGAGUCAGCGGAUCAGUCUAUCUCUUCACUGUACUCGGUGAAAAACUGUGCGUCAAAAAAUCCCAUGAAAAAAACUACAUGAGGAUAUUUGGCCAUGAAAUGAAUUUGCUUCAUGAAGUUGAUGGUGCUGGAGGUGCCCCUCUGGUGAGAUACAUGGCCUAUGAUUACCCAGCCAUGGUUAUGGAGUAUCGUGGACACACAGAUUUCAACGAAUUUUUCCACACCUGUAAGUCUUCCUCAAAGCGCAUCCUGGCUUUGAUUAAGUUAGCUGAGAGCCUCCAGGAGGUUCAUGAUAAAGGAUUCGUACACAUGGACCUUAAAGCUGACAAUGUAUUGGUUCAACAUGUGGAGGAGGACUCUAACUUCCAUGUCAACAUAAUAGAUUUCGGCCUGGCCCGGAAGGCAGGUGAGGAUCAUCGGGGCUUCAAUUCUCAAAGUGAACACUAUGCUCCAGAGACACGCAUUAAAGGCAAGGUAUCUCCAACCAUGGAUGUGUAUUCCUUUGGAGAUCUCAUUAGUUUUGUUUCUGAUUACUUAAAAAAUAAGAAACAGUCUAAGAAGCUGAAUGUCCUGGCACGAGAAAUGAUGGAUCCUGAAGCAGGGAAGCGACCAACUUUGACGGUUGUUCAGGAACGCUUACAUGAAAUCAUGAACAUCACAACGAAAUGUAAACGACUCAAAAAGAGAAUUGUCGAAGCAGUGGCAGCAGUGCAAAAAAUAUUUGCUCCUCGCCAAUGCUGAGGCGACAUCAACCAAUGAUGUGAGAGAUGGUCAGGAGUACUUUUGUAACCACAACUGUAAAAAAAAAAAAAAAAAAAAAAAAAAAAAAAAAAAAAAAAAAAAAAAAGGUGAUAGUAUGUGUAAUGUGUAAAGGUGAUAGUUUGUCUCGUGUGUAGUGGUGUUGGUUUGUCUAGUGUGUAGUGGUGUUAGCUUGUUUACCGAGUAGUGGUGUUGGUUUGUCUAAACUAUUUAUUCAAACAUUACUGAAGGAAUAUUUUGUUAAUGGUGACUUUUAAGUUUGCUUAUGUGACUUUAUCAAAGUAAUUUUGAGUUUCUGACAAUUCACUACAGAGAUCAGAUCAGAUCAGAUCGGACUCACAGGUAAGUACCCACGAGGGGCGAGGGGCAAGUGGGGACAGUACGAAGAAUAGACGGGGAGAGGAAUGUCUUGAGUCGAAGAGAGAAGAGUCAGGACUAGACCCAACUGCUAAGCCACAAUAACGAUAACAAAAGACGAUGUAGAUACAACAGGAGCUCUGCAGGCUCUGACCGCAACUUGCUGGACGAAAAAUUGCUGCAUCUUGAUGUUGAUUGGCGGCUGGCAGGAGCUGGAGGAGUUUUCAAGGGAGGCUAGCUUUUGAUUGGUCAGGCGUCGUUAAUAUGUGAGUCUGGAGUUACUUCGUUUCUUUAGUGAAGGAGCCAUUCCUUAUAUUUUGCAUUUGUUGGAAGGAAACGAUAAGUAGUCUUGUAAUCUUAGGUCGAAAUGCUCGGUUGGCUUGUAAUUGGUCCAAGGUCAUCUGGAGUGUAGUCACGGAGCAGUGGGAUCCUUUACGAUUUGUAAACUUGACUGUUCUGUCGAGUAAUUUAUCGUACAAAGUGUCGACAGUCAUGGUAGGUUCUUGAUCAGGAGUCGUAUAAAAAGUUAUAUCUUUCCAGUGCAGGUAUUGAUCUUGAUGUUGGUCUUCUGUAUUAAUACGUCGAGAGAUAGCUGGAGAGGUUUUUUUUGGUGGUUGCAGCAUUGAAGGUGCUUUCAAUUUUGGUGUCUCCGCUAGAGUGUGUAGAAGACUGUGGGAGAAUCGUGGCUUCUGAUUGGUCCAUAUGAGUAGUGGUGGGUGGAGGUGAAGGAGGUACACCGCCACGACGAGCCAAUCGACGAGCAGGAGGCGAUCGACGAAUAGGAGGUCUUGUUGGAGUGACGUCACUAGGUGUUGGUGGUGUUGGAGCUGCUGAUGCAGAAGUGUUGAUUAGGUCCUUAAGAUAAGAUAAGAUAAGAUAAGAUUUCGUUCGGAUUUUUAACCCCGGAGGGUUAGCCACCCAGGAUAACCCAAGAAAGUCAGUGCGUCAUCGAGGACUGUCUAACUUAUUUCCAUUGGGGUCCUUAAUCUUGUCCCCCAGGAUGCGACCCACACCAGUCGACUAACACCCAGGUACCUAUUUGCUGCUAGGUGAACAGGACAAUAGGUGUAAGGAAACGUGUCGGAAUUUCCACCCGCCGGGAAUCGAACCCGGGCCCUCCGUGUGUGAAGCGGGAGUUUUAGCCACCAGACCACCGGUCAAGUUCAGUGUCACAGGUUAGCUUUAGCGCCAUUAGGAUUGCAAACAAUUCACUUUGCAGUGUUAGUUAGUUUAAUAUGUUUAUUAUGCACCCCAUACCCAUCCUGUGGGCGUGUAGACGCCCAGUUGUUAAUUCUUAUGCCUAACUCAACAAAUUUAUUAUCGUUCUUAACUAGGGAGGUGGCAACAAGAGCAGAUGCAGCCCUGCCAGAAGACUCGUGUUUAGAUCCAUCAGUGUAUAUAAUGUGUUGAAGAAGAAGUAGUGUUGCUGGUGAUAGUAAUGGUGGUGGUGGCAGAGACAGUUACAUGUCCACAGCUCCAACACCCACCAGCUACCUGACCCGGCAGAGGGUGGCGCGUGUACACACAUAUACUGGCUGCCUCCCUGAGUACAUUUUUCAAUCAAGACAAUACGAAAAUAUUUCUCCUUUUAUUGUCAAAAAAUAUAUUUCCCUUGACAAAUAGUUAUUUGUGAGGCCUCACAACCUUACUUUUUUACAAUUACAAGUUUAUAAAAUAAAAUAAUGGUGAAGUAUCAAAUAUUAAUCCGCAGAACACAAAAAUAUUGAGAGAAAACUAAUUUUCUUAUGCAUGGAGAGACGAAGGUAGCCUCUACAUGGUAGUUACCACUUAGUUUAUUCUUUAAACACUAUUUAUAGCUUUAUGUUAAUUAAUUGUAAUGGUGUAUUGCUGCUAUCAUCAAAAUAACAUAAUGCCACAUUCUAUUACAUCUGUCUCUCUAUGUUUACUACAAAAAUUACGAGUUCAUUAGUGAUUUUCUUAAAUAACAUCACUGGCACCUUGUCCUACUCUCUCAGCCUGACACCAGUGACGGCGCUACUGCGCAUGCGUCCAUUGUCUUACCUUGUUGAGUACUAUGGUUUCAAAACAACUCUUGUCAUUUAGGGAAAUCUUUCAAUCCUAUAAUCAACGUUUAUAUUUCCUUUCUCCUAAAUUAAUAUACUCUUUCCUCAAACAAAAGUAUUUAUUUGUGUACAACAAAUAUAUUACGACAUGUAUAUUACUAUUGCUAGUGUAUAUGCACUGUUCUCAUCUGUUUUCAUGGUUGUCCUGGCUGUGAGUACUUUUUGAAUCAAGACAAUUAUUUAUCUUCGUCUUUUUAAAAAGAUUGAUUUCUUGUUCCUUCACCAACCAUGAUCUGGGAUGAAAUGUACCUUGAUGUCAGCAGUACCUUCAUUAUCAGGAUCUUCUUCAUGUACCUUGUUGUCAGGAUAUCCUUGAUCCUGAGGAUCCUCUACAUGUACCUUUAAUUUAGUCCAAAACCCUCAACAUGAACCUUGAUCCUCAGGAUGUUAGGAGUACUGUGAUCCUGACACCUUAAUAUGACCUUGAUGUAAUUAGGACCUUGAUUCUGAGAAUCAACUAUGUGUACCUUGAUAUUGAAAUACAUUGACAUGCACCAGAGGAUCCUCUACAAGUACCUUGAUGUAGUAAUAUGUCAUUGAUGUUAGCUAGGCCCGUAUACCUUGUGCAUGUACUUAUACAAAUGAAGAUAUUAUUAUUAUUAUUAUUAUUAUUAUUAUUAUUAUUAUUUAUUAUUAUUAUUAACCAGCUCUCUGCCCUUAAAUCUUUAACGGUUUUGGUGGGCAGCCGGUUAUUGAACUUAGGUUGUGUGUAGGUGUCUGGCCCUGCUGGGGGUUAGCAAAGUGCUCCACCUGAUCUAAUUAGGAACUUUUAGUUCCUGUUUCUAUUAACUUAGGAACUUUUGUUCUUUUUCUUUCCUGGUUCAGCUUUGUGCAACAAAUCUUGCUGGUGUGAUCGACAAGUUUGGCAGGAUACACCUUCACCUCUUACUCACCCUUAUAAACCCAAAAAAGAUAAACAUAUUUCUCUCCUUCGACUAAACAACAUUUUUCCUGCCAAAAACACAACAAUGGCGAGUAUUUUCCUACAAUACCGCAAGUUUGCUGCAGAAUGCGAGUCUGGGCAGCCACAUAAUGCUCUUGAUGGAAAUUGAUGAAUGUGAUUGUGAAGUAAGGGAAGCCAUAGCCAAAAAGAGGUAGCCAGAAGCAGUGAGCCGAAAUCACAGGGAGUGAGUGCAAACCUGAGGCAGCAAGUGGAAACUAGAAUAGGAAGCCUGUGGAAAACUACCUGGAACAUUGUAGGGGCAGAGAUCAUCAUAGAUCAUUGAUGGACCUAUGAAUUGGAAAACAAAUCCUUCCUGAAAACCAGCAA